AUGGCUCACCCCAUCGCUCCCACCGUCAUCCGUGGCUCUGAGCCGCCCUUCCUGUCUCUGGAGCCGGCUAGCCCGCACCUGCCUAUCACCAAUGAGGAUCAUGGCGUCCGCAGCCGCCCCAUCCCCGGCGUUCGCUGCCCGACUUGCGCCGCCAACGGCACCGAGGUCUGGGUCAUCCCGGGCCGUGCCUGCGGAUACUGUGGCACCCCCUGCUUCUAG